GUUGUGUUACUCGAAGUUGCACCAGACUCGGCAUAAGUUGAAUAAUGUUUUCGACCAGAGGACGAGUGAAACUCCGCAUUAACCGAAUCGUAUGCAAUGUAGUGCAAUCUUACAUAAUGUCAGGACCCAAUCUUGACAGAAACCAUUCUCUGCGUCCACCUCGAACCGAAUUCCAGAUGGAAGACGGACUUUGAGCCAAAUCAUCUAAUACUUUCAUUCGUCAUGAGAAAACAGGAACUGGCCUGGAUCCCACCUCCGAUAGUCAAGAUCGUCCAUCCUGUCAAGUGUAUCGUCUGCAAUGAAGCCGUCGGUUGCCGUCCGUUUCAGAAUUCUCUUCUCAUUCUUCCUGGAGAUUCCACGGAUUGCGCCAGUGAAACUCGAGAAGAAUCGGCGUCUCUCGCAGAAUCGACAGAAAGUUCCACUCUUGUGGAAUCGGAGGAGCCAACCACUCCCAGUAAGUCUGAAGGAGAAGCCGAGGAUGUAAAUAGUGUUUCUCUAACGGUGUCCCGGACGCAUCAAUUUGCUAUCAAGAGCAACUGGGAGGAACUGAUUGAGUCCAUGGACGUGGAAAGAGUAGAGAACCAUAUGAUCACCAAGGAUAAGCUACCAUUGCACAAGCGGGAGGAGUUGAACAUGGAGAAGGUGAAAAAGAAGAGGCGAAGCGUUCUCCUUCACUACGUUCAUGGCACAGAUGAGGAUGUCUUCCUCGCAUUCCAAGAUGGGCUCGUCGCCGCAGAUCAAGCCCAUCUGGCAAAAAAGUUGCAUCCCUGAGCGCCGACGCGGGCUUUGCAAUGGGCCAGUGCCUUGCCUACGUGAUUUCGACGUUUAGUCUCAUUUGAUUGCAGGCCUCUUUUUUAUAUGCCAUGUACCUGUGAUUCUGUUAUAUCAUGAUACGUCCACUUCUUGAUUCUGUAUGCCAUCUCUUCUUUUGCUAGAAUUUGAUCAGUUGA